AAUCUAAGAUCAAAGAUCCGGAAUCCCUACCAAGUCCAAACCCGAUUACCCGGAUCCCAAAACCCAUAACCAUCUCUCUCUCUCUCUCUCCCCAUCUCUCCCUGGGUUCGCUUGAUCUACUGAAUAACGAGGAAUCUCACACUCUCUCUCUCCAUCUCUCCCUGCGUUUGUUUGAUAUACGGAAGAACGAAGAAAUGUUACAGUGUAUAUUCCUUCUCUCAGAUUCCGGGGAGGUGAUUCUAGAGAAGCAGCUCACUGGUCAUCGAGUUGAUCGCUCGAUAUGUGCUUGGUAUUGGGAACAUGCUAUGGCUCAAGCCGAUACGUUUAAGAUAGAACUGUAUCAACACCUGCCUGCUCCGGUGAUUGCUUCUCCUACGCAUUACCUUUUCCAGAUUGUUCGUGAUAACAUUACAUUCUUAGCCUGCACGCAAGUUGAAAUGCCGCCUUUGAUGGCCAUUGAGUUCCUUUGCAGGGUGGCUGAUGUUCUGUCGGAUUAUCUCGCAGGAUUGAAUGAAGAUCUGAUAAAGGAUAACUUUGUUAUCGUGUAUGAACUAUUAGAUGAGAUGAUAGACAAUGGCUUCCCCCUUACUACAGAACCUAACAUCCUGAGGGAGAUGAUAGCUCCUCCAAGUAUUGUUGGUAAAAUGCUGAGUGUUGUUACCGGUAACUCUUCCAAUAUGAGCAACACCCUUCCAGGCGCCACCGCAUCCUGUGUUCCAUGGAGAACCACAGAUCUGAAGCAUGCAAGCAAUGAAGUAUAUGUUGAUCUCGUUGAAGAAAUGGAUGCAAUCAUAAACAGGGAAGGGGCCCUUGUUAAGUGUGAGAUCUAUGGUCAAGUAGAGGUGAACUCGCAACUGUCAGGUUUUCCUGAUUUGACUCUUUCAUUUGGGAACCCUUCCAUUCUGAAUGAUGUGCAAUUUCAUCCUUGCGUUCGGUUCCGUCCAUGGGAAUCAAAUCAAAACUUAUCAUUUGUACCUCCUGAUGGACAGUUUAAGUUGAUGAGUUACAGGAUUAAAAAGUUGAAAAAUACUCCGAUAUAUGUGAAACCACAACUAAGUUCUGACGCUGGUACAUGUCGCAUCAAUGUGCUAGUUGGAAUACGUAAUGAUCCCGGAAAGACAAUAGACUCUAUAGAAGUGCAAUUCCAGCUUCCUCCUUGCAUUUUAUCUGCUGAUCUCACUUCAAAUCAUGGUACUGUAAACAUCCUUGCUAAUAAGACUUGUUGUUGGUCCAUUGGGAAAAUUCCCAAAGACAAAGCCCCUUCACUGUCUGGAUCAAUGAAGCUUGAGACAGGUCUAGAACGCCUCCAUGUAUCUCCCAUUUUUCAAGUGUCAUUCAAGAUAAUGGGUGUUGCUCUCUCUGGUCUUCAAAUUGAUAACUUAGAUAUAAAAAAUCUUCCUGCACGCCCUUACAAAGGUUUCCGAGCUGUAACACGAGCAGGAAAAUAUGAAGUGAGGUCAUAGUAGUAAUUAUUUCUGCUAGCAUAAAUUCCCAUCGGUACUGUCAUUGCCAAGCAUAAGGAAUGAGUUGUGUUCUAUGCUGCUUGGAGUUGAGUACUUCUUGCACUUCUCUGAUGCCGAAGUGAAGUGGAAUUGUAUUUAGUGUACUUUUUGUAUUAAGGAAACUGAAACUUCUGUCGGAGGUUCAGUUUAAGAUCGUUCCGAUGGUGUUUUCUGCUGGACUAUUACUCAUAUCUUCUGGACAAGACAACAAAAAUCUUCUGGAUGUCUGCCUUAAAAAAAUGUAGGUAGACUGGUCCAUAUGUUUCGUUGAAGUAUAACCAAAGACCUCAAUUAUACAUAACAGUCUAUUCCUUUCAUUAGCCUAUGCAGCUUAAACUUCAAGGGAGACGGUCUCUAGCUAGCAAUUGUUUUUUGCUAAUUGUUAAUAAUCUAUACAUGGUUAUUUUUGUCGCAGAAAGUAAAAACUUCCUAGAAUUGGUGUUUGAAGAGCGGA